UAUUUGUUUUGGAUUUGUGCACAGUGUUGUUCGUUACGAGUGUUUUGAUUUUACGAAAUAUUUUAACUUUGAAACAAUGGCCGGACUGAGUGAAUUUGAGGCAUUAGAAGAGGAAGUGAAGGAGCUCCUUGAAAAUUACAAGUACAAGAAACCUACAGCUUACGAACCAUGCACACUUAAAAAUAUCAAUGAAUGUCUGAUCGGACUUCGGGAAGAAUUUGAUCUUUUCAACAUAAAUUACACUUUUAAUCCGUAUUUGGACAUUGAAGAUGGUACUUUAAGUCCUGAAGCAUUAGUGAAGCUAGUAAACUCUGUGUGGACCUUGCUGCAGUACCACAAAAACAGCACACAGAAAGCAGAAAGACUAUCUGAAGAAAACCAUAUUUUGGAUCACAACAACAAGCAACUAAAUGCAGCAAUAUCUAGACUGAAAGAAAAAGUAAGCCUUGAAAAGAAUGAAUCAAGGGCUUGUGUGGCAUCUGCACAGAGGAUAUCAGAUCAGUCUGACGAGGUGCUGGUGGCCCUCACAGAGACUAGGGCUAAGCUCACACAAAUAACAAAACAGAAGAAUACCAUGGAAAAGAGCUUGAAAAAUGAAAUAUCAAGACUUAAAAGGGACAAUGAAAAGCUACAAGACAAGUUACGGUGCAAAGCAGGCACCUAUACUCCCUGCACGGACAUGUGUGACUCUACUCUCACUCAGGUGAAAGAGCGAGAGAGAAAACAAAGACAGGUCAUCAGCAAACUGCAGGAGAAUAACCAGCAGCUCAUUCGGGAAGUCAUUGCUUUGAAGGAAGAAAUCAUCCUCUCGGGACUGACUGACUACAAACCCCAUGGGAAAAAAUAAUCACUAUGAAGAAUGAAAUGGACACAAGUCAGUAUUAAUUUAUUUAAUAAGUUUAAUGACUAUGAAGUUGUGUGUUUUUGCUAAAACUAAAUAAGCAUAUUGACCUAUUUAGUGAUGUUGUCACUGUUUGAUCUAGCACUUGAAAUAUUUAAUUGAAUGGACUAGGAAUGCUAAAUGACAUUGACAAUUCCUACUAAAAUUAAAUUA